UCCGAAACAUUGUUCGGCUAUUUUCGUUGGGACGCCGUGUAGCAUCUAGCGCGUAGGUAUAUUAUUGUGUGGCUGUGCCUCCUUGUGUUGCUGGCGGAAUCUACUUGUUCCAAGAAAAUGGCAGAUGUUAGUAAAGAAGAUCUUGAAAAGGAAAUCGCGAAGAUCCUUAAGAAUGCAAACCUAGCAAAGACCUCAACUAAGAAGGUUAUCCAGAAAUUAGAGAAGGUAUUUGAUACUGAUCUAAGCGAAAAGAAGAAGGUGAUUGAUCAACUUGUCAUGGACUUUGUGAACAGUAAGGGUUCUGACGAAGAAGAGGAAGACGAAGACGAAGAAGAGGAGGAGGAAGAGAAGAAGCCAGCAAAACGCGCGGCACCAGCUGCUAAGGCAUCUUCAAAGAAAGCUAGAAAGGAAAGUUCUGAGGAGGAGGAAGAAGAUGGCACAAAUGACAGUGAAUCUGAGGAGGAGAAAAAGAAGCCAGCACCGAAGAAGGGCAAGAAGAAGAAGGGCUCAGAAGAUUCUGAUAGCGAUUGGGGAAAGAAGAAGGAGAAAGCUGCUAAACCUAAAAAGGCUGGCAGCCGCGGUAAAGGAGGCGGUUACACGCGCGCCUACAAGCUUUCCCCAGCACUGGCCGAACUCAUGGGUCAAGACGAGAUGCCACGACACGAAGUCGUCAAGAGGGUCUGGACAAUCAUCAAAGAGAAGAAUCUCUAUGACCCCAACAACAAACAGUUCGCCAUCUGCGAUGACGCCCUGUACAAAGUUAUCGGAACGAAGAGAUUUCGUACUUUCGGUAUGAUGAAAUACCUAAAGACGCAUUUCCUUGAUGAAUAAACUAGUAUUUAUUGUAAGUUAUAUUUGUGACGCAGUUUUGUAAAACCCUUCAUCUCACUUACGACCAUUGAAACAUUGAUUAAAAUUUUCUCUUAUAAAGCCUACCUGAACCUACGAAGACUUGAAUGUUUUUAAAUUAUGCUGACUGCUAGUAAAAUAUACAAAUAGAAGUAUUGCAAUGGAAUGGAAAAGAGUUAUGAUAAAAUGUAUAAAAAAAUUCUUAAUAAAUAUUGACGUUUGUAGCGUUUUGCAAAACCGCGCCGAGACUAUCAUUACAUAAUAUAUUCUAUCAAUAUAGACAUACAUGUAAGUAUGUAUUUUUUUAUAUUGUUUGAACGAUUGCACUAUUUUCAAUAUUGUCUGAAUAGUUUUUGCCGAUGAAUGUUUAAUGAAAAUUUAGACGUAAGUAUUCUUAAUGACUACAAUUGAAUUAUAUUUCUAUAGAUCUCUGAUAUAUCAUGAUGAAUGAUGAUUUAUAAUUUUAAAUUCAUAAUAUACUUUAUUGUGAUAUUUUAAGGGACGAAAGUGGCAGCUUCUUUGGCAUCAAUUAAUCAGAGUGCGGAAGUGUCCUACUAAUAACUUUUAUACAUUAUACAUAUUCAUAUAUUACUCUAGUUUUAUAUGUCCUUUUAAACAUAUAAUAUUGACUUUACUUGUGUUAAACUAUCAAAAUCAGUGUGUAGCGAAUACAAUAAGUCAAUUUUAUCCUACUUGUAGUUGUCAUAUUGAUAUAACAUAUCAAUGAUGAGUGAUUCAGAACGUAUUUGGAACUUCAAAUAAACUCAUCGAGUUUAACCUUAUUUGCUUAUACAAGCUCUACGACAUAAACCUAGCUUGAUCAUGAGUUAAAACUCGAGUAAUAUAUAAAUAUGAAUUGUCAUAGUUUGUACAUUUAUAUGUGUACAAUUUAUAUUUUUUUAGAUUUAAUCUAAAUUACAUAUUCGUGCAUUCUAUAAUGCAUUUCUCGUAAUAAAUUAAAAUUAUCCUAAUUAUAAUUUGACAUAAGAUUAUAAAGAUAAAUAAACAAACAGUUUUUCAAUCGUCUACUCAGAUGAUAUAAGAUUUAAUUAAGGUUGCUUAUAAAUGAGUGGUUGUAUUUUGUUAGGUGUUUGUGAAACUUAGCAGCGAUGUAUGGAUGAAUGUUUUGUAGACUCGAUACUAAUAUAACAGGGCUGUCUCAAAAGAAAGUAUGCAAUUGUUUAGCUGACUGAACACAUUGAAUCAACCGAUCGAAAAUAUAAUUUUCUUUUGAGAUACCUUCUUAACACUUUUAACACUUUUUUCUUAAAAAAACAUUUCUGCUAUUAAUAAAGUAAUAAAAAAUAUGGAUUUAAUUUACCUUCCUUCGAAGGAAAACACUGACAGUUACGGGAGCGUAAAGGCGCGGCCAUUAUUAAUUUACAAAAAAAGCGGGAAAAUGUUAUCUACAAUAAUUGAUUGAAUAUUAUGAAUGAUAUAUUAUUUUAAAUACAUUGAACACAUUCCAAGUUAAAUUUAAAUUAUGCAUUUGUUGAAUCAUAAAGAAAAAGGUGUUAAUUCAAUAAAUGAUGUAUAGAAUGUUUACCUAACAUGAACAUAAGGAUUUGUGGAAAUCUAGUUCGCUAGAUUGGUAGGUUGUAUGCAUAUAUCCCAGAGGGAUUUCUAGGAAAUAAAAGACUUGCAAUUAA